UCUCUUUUUUCUCAUCGUAAUUUUUAAAACUUUCAAAUUUAUAAAAAUUCUUUUCCUUUCAAAGCUCUUUUUUAAAUAAUCCAAUGUCUAUAAUUCGAAAAGAACUUGCUCAUGCAGCAAUAUCUAGGUCACUUGCAUUAAUAGAUUAUAAUGUUCACAAGAAUAUUCACAAAAUAUAUGAAUUUCAACAACAAACACUUCUUGCUGAUAAUUCUUUUACAAAAGAUGAAAAAAAUUAUGCAAUAAAUUGGAUAACUAGAGACUAUGAUCGAAAUAAAAUUAAUAACAAUUCAGGAACAAGAAGAAUUUGUGAAAAUUGUAAUCAAAAAUGUUUAGCUACAUUAUAUUGUGAAUUUUGUGUUCAAAAUUAUUUAAAAACAAAUUUUUCAAAUUGGACAUCUGGAAAUGUUAACAUUGAUAAUUUAAUCCAGAAAUGUCAAUCAGAAACACUCAUGCCAAGUAUGAUAGUUGAAUGGAUUCCAUAUAAUAAUUUACAGAAUGUCAGGUAUUUAACAAAAGGUGGUUUUUCUGAAAUUUAUACAGCAGAUUGGGUUGAUGGAAAAUAUGAAGAAUGGGAUUCUAAAAAACAGCAAUUAAAAAGAGUUGGAAGACAUAAUGUAAUACUUAAAAAAUUAGAAAAUGUUGAAAGUGCAAAUCAAAGUUGGUUUGAAGAGGCUAAAUCACAUUUAACUAUAAGUAAUAAAAGGUCAGAUAUUGUUCAAUGUUUUGGUUUAACACAAAACAUAUCAAAUGGAAAUUAUAUGCUUGUAAUGUAUAAAAUGGAUAUAAGUUUAAAAGAAUUUUUACAACAGAAUCACAAUAAACUUACAUGGAGACAAAAAUUAAAUAUAUCUUUUGAAAUAGUUAGGGCACUUUAUUUUAUUCAUAAAGAGAAUGCAAUUCAUAGAGAUUUGCAUUCAGGAAAUAUAUUGUAUUCACAAAUCAAUAGUAAGUGGUAUAUUGGUGAUCUUGGAUUUUGUGGACCUGCUGAUAAAUCAUCAAAAAGCGUAUAUGGAAUUCUUCCUUACAUAGCGCCAGAAGUUAUUAAUGGAAGAGAAUAUACUUUUAAAUCUGAUAUUUAUAGUAUUGCAAUGCUUAUGUGGGAAAUUUCAUCUGGACAACCACCAUUUAUUAAUCAUGGACAUGAUUGUAAUCUUGCAAUAAAUGUUAUUAAUGGUAUUAGACCAAAAAUUGUGUCAGGAACUCCUACAGAAUAUAAAAAUUUAAUGGAACAAUGUUGGGACGCUGAUCCAUCAAAAAGACCAGAUACUAAUACACUUAUGAUAAAAAUAAGAGAGAUGAAUUUUUAUUAUCAAAGUAUGACGGAUGAAUCAGAAAUACACAAUAAUUUAGAAUUAGAUGAAACAAAUAGUAAUACAAAUAGCAGAUUAUUUACAAGUAAAAUUCAUCAAUUUGAGAAUCUACCCGAACCAAGAAAUGCGACAGAAGAGGAGCUAGAUGUAUUCCAUAGUAAACCAUAUGAUUAUAGUAUUCCUACUAAUAUUGAUAACUCAAGCAAUCAGAAUAAUAGUAGAACAUCAAAAAUAAAUAGCUUUUUUAAAGCCAAUAGUAAAAAAUUAUCCAAAAUGUUUAAAAAGCUACAAGUAAAAGAUGAAACAGUGCAACAAACAAAAGGACCAAAUGUUAAUUUUAAUGAUGAUGAAGAUGAAGUAUACAAUAACCCAAAUUUUCAUUCUAAAGAACAAGAUGAAUUUGAAAUUCCUAAUGAUACAAAAUGAUUUUAUACUGAAAAUUUGCUACCAUCUCUCAUUACAACUAUUUUUUUGUAAAUCGUUAUAAAAUAGUUUAUAUUUAUUUAUAUUUUAUUAAAGUUAUUUAAACACU